AUGCCGAAGCGUUCGUUUGACGCUUCGACAAUCCCUGCCGACAUGACGCUGGAGCGGGCUCAGCGGAAGACGGAGAGAUCACACGAGGAAAACCAAGAGAGAGCAUAUAUUGCCGCCUCGAGAAGGGCCGACCGCAGCAUCGAGGCCCGCGUACAGUCAGCUCGCAUGGCAUCAGAGAUUCAUAAGAAGCGGACGGGCAAAGGCUUCAAGAUCUCCGAGGAGAUCGUCAUGAAGGAGGAGAUGUACGAGGAGGAGGAGGACGAUCUUCCGAGACAGUACCGCGCGUUGGCCGCCCACCUGCAAACUUCAUCUGCCGAUAUGAACAGCAGGUUGAGUGCGUAUCUCACAAACCAGGUUGCCAUGGCCAGCCUUGCCCGCCAGAAUGAAGUCAACCGCAUGUUUGCCGAACAAUUUCCUGGCGCUGCCAAACUCUCACAACAUAUGGCCCAGUCCUUGUAUGCACAGCCGCUGCAGCAGCAGCAGCAACAGCAGCAGCAGCAGGAUGGCUCGCCACAGUUCCAGCAGAUGAGCUUCGGCAUCAACAACCAACUGGCCAGGGAGCGAGCUCAGUCGAUAGCACAAAGUGAGGCGCUCUCCCCACGUCAGUCGAUAGCCAGCCCGAUGAACCAACCGAGAGGCUCGAUUGAGGCCAUCGCGUCUCCGCCAGCUCUAUCACCCGGCUCCCCUUCUUCUCGGUCCACGCCAUCCUUCAGCUCCGCGGCUACUUACUCUGCGACAACACUACCCGUGGAUCCAUCCCUGGCGGUGCCAUCUGCGGCUUCCUCGUCGUUCACGGUUGAGCUCCCACACGAGGUGAAACAGAUGGCCAACAUCGACCCAAACGACCCCAUGGCAAGCAUGUUCUUCGGGAAUGAGAUGAUGCCCACGAAUUCCACCAUGGACUUCAUGCAUUUCUCUGGUAUGGGGAAUGGUCACCCUGCUCCCAUGCUAAAGACCGAGGCCUCGCUUCAGAGCGAUUAUGGGCCAUCGGGUCUUGAACUACCUGGCCCAUGCAGCACAAUCGGCACACCAGGAGGUGGUGUUGGCGAUAAUUGGGAUGCCUGGAUCAACGACGACUGGCAGGCAUGA